UCCCUUUGUAAGCUCGCUCGGACUCGUUCUCAGCUCGGCGGCAAGUGCUUUCCAUACGACUUUUAUCAGCACGCACUUGACUUAGGCAUACCCGUACUUAUGUGAUUGCCUUGUGCAGCUGGAUCGAGUGCGUAAUAGCGCAAAAUAGAGCAUCGGAAAUAAAUAUUAUGCAGCUAAAAUCGAUUUUGUCAAAUCCAUUGUUCCUCUGCGCGGUCUUAUUGAGAUGCAGAACAAUAUCUGCGGCAUGUGAGAGCUCCCAGUUCGAGUGCGACAACGGCAGCUGCAUUUCGCAGUACGAUGUCUGCAAUGGCGAGCGGAACUGCCCCGAUGGAUCCGAUGAGACGGCGUUGACUUGCGUCUCCCAGCGGCAGCACUGCACCAAGCCCUACUUCCAGUGCACCUAUGGGGCGUGUGUGAUCGGGACAGCUGGGUGCAAUGGAGUCAGUGAGUGCGCAGAUGGCUCCGAUGAGACCAGGCUGAGAUGCGGUAACGAGGACGACAUACGGCAGCACGAUCGACGGCUUCAAGGCAAUUGCCAGGAGAACGAGUUCAAGUGCCCAUCCGGAAUUUGCCUGGACAAGAGUAACUUCCUGUGCGACGGCAAGGACGACUGUGCGGAUGGAACGGGCUUUGACGAGUCGGUGGAGCUGUGCGGCCACAUGGAGUGUCCGGCGUACUCCUUCAAGUGCGGAACAGGUGGCUGCAUCUCGGGGUCAUUGUCGUGCAACGGGGAAAACGACUGCUACGACGGAUCCGAUGAGGCACCACUGCUAUGUAACACCACCAAGAAGGUGACCACGCCCGUGGUGACUGAGACUCCGCUGGAGCUGCUCGGAUGCCCCCUGCCAGUUGGCGACGAGAGGCCCAUCCUGACGGGCGACGGCAACCGCGUCCUCACUGGACCCAUUACCCGGGGAACAGUCCGAUUCUCCUGCAAGCAGGGCCAUGUGCUGGAGGGCGAGGAGAGCAGCUACUGCGCCAAGAAAAAGUGGAGUACUUCUACAAUCCCGAAGUGCGUGAAAUACUGUAGCACCGCCGGGGAAUUCGAUGGCUACUCCACCAAGGCCUUGUGCACCCACAAUGGACAGCAAGUGGACUGCCGCAAGCCAUUCCAUCCGCCCGGCACCGAAGUGAAAUUCGUCUGCUCCACCGGAUUUAAGACCCUGAGCCCACUGCCGGAAAUGAGGUGCAUGAAGGGAGGAUACUGGAACCGCGGACGACAGCGAUGCGAGCAGGACUGCGGCCAGAUAGCCACGCCCAUAACAACCUUCUCGUCCGGCGGCUAUACGAUCAACAACAGGGUUGUGCCCUGGCAUGUGGGACUAUAUGUGUGGCACAACGAGAAGGACUACCACUUCCAGUGCGGAGGAUCCCUGCUCACGCCGGACCUCGUCAUAACCGCCGCACAUUGCGUAUACGACGAGGGUACCCGACUGCCCUACAGCUACGACACCUUCCGGGUGAUUGCGGCCAAGUUCUAUCGCAAUUACGGCGAAACUACUCCGGAUGACAAGCGACGGGAUGUACGGCUCAUCGAAAUAGCGCCCGGCUACAAAGGGAGGACGGAAAACUAUUACCAGGACCUGGCCCUCAUGACCCUCGACGAGCCCUUCGAGCUGAGCAACGUUAUCCGGCCCAUUUGUGUUACCUUCGCCAGUUUUGCGGAGAAGGAAAGCGUCACGCACGAGGUGCAGGGCAAGUUUGCUGCCUGGAGUAUCGAGAACAAGCACGAACUCCAGUUUGUGCCGGCCGUGUCCAAGUCGAAUUCCGAGUGCCGUAAAAAUCUGCGAGACAUCCAGGCAGACAAGUUCUGCAUCUUCACGCAGGGCAAGUCGCUGGCCUGCCAGGGUGACAGUGGCGGUGGAUUCACCUCCGAGCUGCAGACCAACGCCUUCUCCGCCUGGAAAACCGCCCGCCACUUCCUCUUCGGGGUGAUCAGCAACGCACCCAACGCAGAUCAGUGCGCUCACAGCCUGACGGUGAUGACCAACAUCCAGCACUUCGAGGAUAUGAUCCUGAACGCGAUGAACAGGAGCGUGGAAACCAGGUCCUGAUUCCGGGCCUUUAUAUUGUCCCCUUGUGAUUAGAAUAGAUUUAGUUCGAGAAAUUCAGUGGCCAUGCUCUUUUGUUCCCGGCCUGCACUUACCUAGUCUGAGAUAAGUGAAACUAAAAUAUUAAACUCGUCUGGAGAAUGACAGACUUACCAUUGUCUUGGA